AUAAUGUUGAGGCCCUCAACGAUAUACUGCUUUACGGGAGUCCCGUUGCUUACUAUGAAAAUCAUGAAACUCUUAAAAACACUACUAACUUCUACUUCUAUCACAAGCUUUGCUUCGGAUUCUUCUUCUCCUGGCUCAUCUUCAUCUCGAGCAGCUUUUGCCUUUGCUCGCGACCCAGGCCGAUCUACCCGAUCAAAUUUACCUCCAACUCGAUACAUUUUCGUCCCAUCUUCUAAUCAACCGGGACCUCCUCCUCCUAGUUUCACUUCUGGCGAACUACUACCAACCUUCCCUUGUUCGGAAUUCUUCCAUCCCACUUUAGCUCCUCAAAAAGUCCUUGAUCUCGGCAUCCCAUCCAACUUUACCCUUCUCUGCCCUGUUCCAGAAAGAGAUCGGAUUGAAGACAUCGACUCCAAUCACAUAGUGAUUUACGAAGAUUCACUAGAAGCUAGCUUACGAAUUCCCUUCCAUCCAUUAGUUUGCGACUUCCUAGAUAAAUACUGUAUUCUUCCGGUCCAAAUACCUCCUAAUUCUCGGAGAAUCCUUCUCUGGUUUAUACUUAUUUGCCAUAGACCAGCUCUUAGGGUCGAGAGCUACCUCGUAGAUAUUCAAGACGUUCUCCGAAUAACGAACUGAUACCUAUUUCAAUUACUGGAAUCUCUAAAAUCUUCUCAAAGCGCACUAGAAGUCAAGAAGGAAAACUUGUCCAAACGCCAGAAAAACACGCAUCACGUAAGGGUCAAAGGACGACAUGCAGAAUCCUUGAAAAGAUAUAUCAUUGUAUGAGCAGCCUUUAUUUGAA